ACGCUGGCCAGGUGAUUCUAAAUCACGUGAUCCAGAGGACUCGAUAUCACGCUGAACAGUUUUAUUCGUCUCAAAACUUCCUCUAAAAUGAGCUUUCUGUGCUGCUGUCUUCAAAGUCAGGCCUCCGAGGAAGAGAGACAGCCUAUAUUUGGAGAAGCACAGUCUGCAAGAAUAUCUCAUCUGCCUCCUGAAGGUUUCGAGAACAGGAGUGGCAGGAUUAUUGCACGGCAUGUUGGCGUGUCAGAUCUGGACCAACGCUUCACUGAGUUUGCAGAAAUGUUCAACAAACAGCAGGAAAAUUAUGAGUGUAUGCGGGAAAAGCUGAAUACACUGAUGCACCAUUAUCUCUGUGUCCCUGACAGCAGCCUGUCUGAGUGCCUGCAGCAGAUGAAGGUUGAGCACUACAACCACCAGAUCAUCCUGCAGUUAAAAGGCUACGACUUCAGCUUGGCCGUGACACCAGGUGAUUCGGUGCCUGACAAACUGAAGCAAACGCAGGAGAACAUCAAGGAGCUGUGUCAAGCUGCUAAGGCCAUCGUGUCACUCGGGCCCAAGCUUGAGGAGAUGAUUAACUGGCUGCUGAAAUCAGAACAAAGCCUGACUGAGAAGGUGAAUGCAGAAGCAAAGACACAUCAGGAGUCUACAAGACUCGGAGGAAACUUGAGGGAGAAUCUGCGCGAGGCAUCGAGAGCUAAAGAGCUCAGUCCUCGCUACAGGGAAGAGGCUAUAAAACUUUACAAUGAGGUGGCCAUGCUGUCUGGGGUUAAGCCAUGAAUCAUCACUGUGAGAGAAAGUAGAGGACUGAUAAAUGAUAGACUCUGAAAUGUAUAUUUAACACCAAAGUACUAGAGAUUAUAACAGGUCUAUCUAUCUAUCUAUCUAUCUAUCUAUCUAUCUAUCUAUCUAUCUAUCUAUCUAUCUAUCUAUCUAUCUAUCUAUCUAUCUAUCUAUCUUUCUCUCUCUCUCUCUCUCUCUCUCUAUAUAUAUAUAUAUAUAUAUAUAUAUAUAUAUAUAUAUACAUACACUAUAUUGCCAAAAGUAUUCGCUCACCUGCCUUGACUCGCAUAUGAACUUAAGUGACAUCCCAUUCCUAAUCCAUAGGGUUCAAUAUGACGUCGGUCCACCCUUUGCAGCUAUAACAGCUUCAACUCUUCUGGGAAGGCUGUCCACAAGGUUUAGGAGUGUGUUUAUGGGAAUUUUUGACCAUUCUUCCAGCAUUUGUGAGGUCACACACUGAUGUUGGACGAGAAGGCCUGGCUCUCAGUCUCCGCUCUAAUUCAUCCCAAAGGUGUUCUAUUGGGUUGAGGUCAGGACUCUGUGCAGGCCAGUCAAGUUCAUCCACACCAGACUCUGUCAUCCAUGUCUUUAUGGACCUUGCUUUGUGCACUGGUGCACAGUCAUGUUGGAAGAGGAAGGGGCCAGCUCCAAACUGUUCCCACAAAGUUGGGAGCAUGGAAUUGUCCAAAAUGUCUUGGUAUGCUGAAGCAUUCAGAGUUCCUUUCACUGGAACUAAGGGGCCAAGCCCAGUUCCUGAAAAACAACCCCACACCAUAAUCCCCCCUCCACCAAACUUUACACUUGGCACAAUGCAGUCAGACAAGUACCGUUCUCCUGGCAACCGCCAAACCCAGACUCGUCCAUCAGAUUGCCAGAUGGAGAAGCGCGAUUCGUCACUCCAGAGAACGCGUCUCCACUGCUCUAGAGUCCAGUGGCGGUGUGCUUUACACCACUGCAUCCGACGCUUUGCAUUGCACUUGGUGAUGUAUGGCUUGGAUGCAGCUGCUCGGCCAUGGAAACCCAUUCCAUGAAGCUCUCCGCACACUGUUCUUGAGCUAAUCUGAAGGCCACAUGAAGUUUGGAGGUCUGUAGCGAUUGACUCUGCAGAAAGUCGGCGACCUCUUCACACUAUGCGCCUCAGCAUCCGCUGACCCCGCUCCGUCAGUUUACGUGGCCUACCACUUCGUGGCUGAGUUGCUGUCGUUCCCAAACACUUCCACGUUCUUAUAAUACAGCUGACAGUUGACUGUGGAAUAUUUAGGAGCGAGGAAAUUUCACGACUGGAUUUGUUGCACAGGUGGCAUCCUAUCACAGUUCCACGCUGGAAUUCACUGAGCUCCUGAGAGCGACCCAUUCUUUCACAAAUGUUUGUAAAAACAGUCUGCAUGCCUAGGUGCUUGAUUUUAUACACCUGUGGCCAUGGAAGUGAUUGGAACACCUGAUUCUGAUUAUUUGGAUGGGUGAGCGAAUACUUUUGGCAAUAUAGUGUAUAUAUAUAUAUAUAUAUAUAUAUAUAUGUGUGUGUGUGUGUGUGUGUGUAUAUGCAAAACUGAAAAAAAUUAUUUUGUAAAGAUAAAUCUGUUGUAAUAUAGCUAAAAGUGUAGCUUUAAUGCAGCUUUAAGUGCAGCUUUAACCUAUAUAUAUAUAUAUAUAUGGUUAGGUUAGGCUUAUGACAUUAAAAUGGUCUAUGUGGUCUAGGUUUGUAUACUUCUAGGAUGAUUCAUGUUCUGCAUACAUAAUCUCCUUUUUAGGAAACGAGUCUGUUAUACGGUUUGGCUCCCAGCUGGUCAGUACUUAUAACACUAUCUAACUUUCUUUAAGUUUUAAGCAUGCUUUUAGAAUAUGUUACAGAUUUCGUGCCGCUUUUGUGCUGAGGGUUUUCAGGGAAAUACGUCAUAACGUGGGGAAAGGAAUCAAUUCAUUGAUCUGUAUUGUGUAGAAAACAAAUGAAAUUCUGAUUAGUUGUAUUUAUCGAUGACAUCAUCUAUGUACUAUUGAAUCAUAUAUUAAUAAACAUUUUGCAUUAAUUUCUGUCAUUUUAAUUUGCUCUAUAGCUACGUCUGUUAUGCAAAUAUGCCUUGCUGUGUGUGAUUUUUGUUCCUUAUGUAUGUGCAGCCUUUUUCAUGUUUUGUGUGUUGUAGUUGUGAUAUUUGUCUUAUAUGGUUAACUGAAAAAGUUUGCAUCCUCCAUGAGUUUUGCCAGAAAUGGAGAACAUACCAAUUAUUACCAUAUUUUUCUCAACAAACGAAACAAAAUAAAAAAGGUAGAUGGAAAGUAUAAGCACACAAUUACUUGUUUUACAU